AUGGAGGAAAAAAAGGACAAGAAAGCUUAUCCUAAAAAGCAAAUUUCAGCUUCCAACUCAUCGAAAUCUGGCGAUUCAGAAUCAAGUCUCAGCGAUGAUAGUGCUGAAGAGCAGAAAUAUGACAAAAAGGAUGAAACUCCUAAAAACUUUGCCAAAAAAUAUGCUUAUUUAUAGAGGCUAGCCAUUAAAAUUAAUAAAAAAAUAAGUGAAUUUAAUUUAUAUAGAAAAAUAUAUAAUCCUUUGAUCGUUCAACCUGAAGAAACUCAAGAGCAAGCUGCUAUCUCUGAAUAUGACCCUAAAAACCUUCUUGAUCAUAUUAAAGCAGGCUAUUUUGGUUUAGAAGACCAUUUAUAUGCUGAUACUGCAGGGAGUAAGCCAAUAAUCACCAGCCAGCUUGACAAAGAAAUGCCAUUUUUAGGGAAAAAUCUUCCUUGCCACUCUUCACAAGCGAUUUUCAUUGCCCAAGACCCAGACCGAAUGAGCUUAUUAAAAGCCUUAAUAUCAGGCCCAGUCAAUACUCCUUACUCCUACGGUCUUUAUAUAUUUGAUAUACUUCUAUCUGAAAACUAUCCACAAGCUCCACCAACAAUCGGUAUAUCGACAGGGCACAAAGAAGUAAGAUUGAGCCCAUGUUUUGCGGAAAACGGGAUCGUCCAUUGCCAUCUGCUCAACAAUUGUGAUGGCAAUACAGAAAUUGGCACCUAUUUUUUUUGGUAAAAAGCCAUUAAUUUUGUGAAAAAGAUCAAAAAUAAGGUAAAAAAAUUAGACAAAAUCCAGAUACCCAGAAAUCUGUUGGGAUCCAGCAAACAGCAAUCUUUAUCAGCUUUUAAUUACUAUCCAAGCUUUAAUACUUGACUAUGCAAUUGUUCAAAAACAAGCAGAAUUUGAAGACAUGCUGAUAGAUUCUGAUGAAAACGUUGCCUAUUCAAACGUUAUUAAAUAUGCAAAUGCGAGAUGGGGAAUUUUGGAACCUUUGAGAAAAUUAAAGGAAAAUAAUUAUGAGCAUUUUGUAUCAAGAUUUUUUAGGAUGAAUAGAGGUAACAUAAAGCAUAUGAUCAAUAAGUGGAUUGAGGAAGCAAAAAAUGAUAGGAUUGAUUAUGCUUUUUAAAAUAUUUUGUAUAGGAUAAUUAUAAUUAUUUAUUAGUUUUAUAUUAGAAAAACAUCAUAUCAUUGUCAUUAUCUUAUUAUUCGUUAUUUAAAUUAGAAUAUAAUAAAACACUGCUUGUUUCUGUGCAUAAUCCAGCAAUUACCAACCUUUUCACACAAAAAGGCUUCGGAGCUUGUUUACAAGAAAUUUUACCAGAAAUUAGCACGCUACUUGACUCUUUGCCUGAUUUUGACCCAUGUGACGACUAUAGUAAAAAUUCCAGUUAUAGUGAAGACUAUGAAGAGUCCAAGCAGCCUAUUCUUUUGCGUGAAGCCUCUCAAAAUGAUCCUCAGCCCCCUGAAAGCAGCAGCCUCUAUUACCAAACCCUCAAAGAUUUGAGAUUUAACACCUAUGAUAUUUUUAACUCAGGAAAUCACGUAUGCCUAGACCAACUAGGCGGCAAAGAAGAAAUGGCGAGCAGCCUAAACCGGUACUCAAAAGAAAUAAAAGUCCUAUCCCAGCACCUUCCUUGUGAGCCUACUGGUGCAGUUUUUGUAGUUAUGGACACAGAAAGGAUGGACUUAAUGAAAGCUUUAAUUUCUGGUACCGAAGACACCCCUUACGCCCAUGGUCUUUAUGAAUUCCAUAUAGCAUGUCCUGGGAACUACCCGAAAAAACCUCCAGCAAUGCGAAUAGCUACAACUGCCAAAGGGACAGUCAGAUUUAACCCAAAUCUCUAUGACGACGGUUACGUCUGUUUGUCUAUCAUAAAUACAUGGGACGGUGAUCCUAGUGAAAGGUGAAAUCCAGGCCACAGCAAUAUUUUACAAGUCCUCUUGUCAAUCCAAGUCCUUGUCAUGGACAACAUGGUCAUCCAAAAAGAGCCUGAAUUUGAGCACCUUGACGUAAAUUCUCCUGAAAAUGUAGCAUAUUGCAACAUUGUGAAAUAUAAUAACGCGAAAUAUGCCAUUUUGGAGACCAUAAAGCACCCACCUGAAGAAUUCAAAGAAAUCGUAUGGAGGCAUUUUUCGUUAAAAAGAAACGCAAUUAUGAAGACUUUGGACGCGUGGGUUGAGGAUGCGAAAUCGUUUAAAAUGAAAAUUACGAACAAAGAAGAGGAUUAUUUGGUAAAAGACCAUAACCCAAAGACAAUUAGUAUGUUUAAAAAGCAUGGGUUUUAUAAUUUGUUGGUAAAGGUGAGGAAUGAGAUUUUGACUGAAAUUGAUAAGCUGGAGGUAUUAGGGGAACCAAGGGUUGUAUAUACACUUUUUAGAUAAAUAGGAAUGGUAAAUAAAAUAUAAGACGUAAUUAGAUGAAAAUAUAUAUGAAAUGCUUGAAAUACCUGAUGAAAACGCAGAAGAGCCUUAUACAAGGAGUUUGUCAGCUUAUAGCUAUGGGCAUCAAGAUCUGUUUGAGGCUGGAGGGUUUAGACAUAGCUUGUUUAGAUAUCUGGCACCAAUAGGGCAUUUUAAUAAUGUAAAAGCAAGAUUUCAAGAAGAAAAAGAUUUACUGACACAAAAGCUGCCAUGUGUAGGAAAUAAUUCUAUUUUUGUAGUGUCUGAUAAUGAACGAUGGGAUUUAUUGAGAGUUUUAGUAUCAGGGCCAGCAGGAACUGACUACACAAGUGGUCUGUAUUUAUUUGACAUUGUAUGUACCAGCAGCUAUCCUGACGCACCUCCUCAAGUAAUUUUAGUUACAAAUGGCCGAUGUAAGGUAAAAUUCCAUGAAAAUUUGACUGAGUCAGGAGAAGUUGUGGUUCCUUUGUUAACUGGGAAAUGAAGCUCAGACUGCCAUAUCUUAGACCUUCUCUUAGAAAUCCAAGAAUUAUUUAUACCUUCUCUGUAUAAAUUUUUUUAUAUUAUUGUUAAUUUCUAUAAUAUAGUAUUAUAAGACAUAAAAACAAAUUAUUCCAUAGACACCUCUGAUGAACAAUUACUAGAGAAAUGAAAAACUGCCCAAGCCAUUAUCAGGUACAACAAUUUGUGCUACGCUAUAAUAGAUGUUAUAAAAAAUCCUCCCCAAGAAUUCGCUGAUAUAAUUCCCCAACACUUUGAUUUUAAGAGUAAAGAGCUUAUAAAAGAUAUAGAGAAAUUUAUAGCAGAAGGCGAAUCCCUUAAAAUAUUUAAUGAUGAGCUAUUGCCUAAUCCUUAUACAAUCCAGAGAAAUAAAAUGUGGAUGCUGAUGGAAAUUGAUCUUUGAGGAGCACACCAUAUAGAGCAAGUAGGAAAGUUUGUUUCUCCCCUGAAGGUUUUCCUAUACUGCCAGGUGGGCUAGAAAAGUUUUGCAUCCAACAUAGUCUUCGCCCAUAGGGCUAUUAGGGGCGCCUACAAAUGGUCUAUAACCUAAGGAGCUGACCUUUAGGUUAGGUGAGUUUCUCUAGAAAAUUCAAGAGGGUGUAAUUGGGCCUUACACCAUUGCAUCGCCUUUCUGAAGUCAAGGUAGUCUGACUAGUGGAGAUUCUGCUUAUGACCGUUCAAAUCUUAAUAUUAUACAAUCCAGACCUUCCAAGAACAAGGUUAUACCAAUUUGCUAGGAGUCGCGCUAACAGAAAUAUCAGGACUAAUUGAAGGAUCAUUAGGAGAAAGUGAUUAUGACGAACAGUAUGACGAAGACGAAGAAAACUACUCAAAGAAAAAUAUUUCGAACCAAGGUGUGGCAGUAAAAAAAUACUUGACAAAGUAUGAAAAAUCUGUUUCUGGUUCUGAUUCUGAUUCUGGGUCUUAUUCGGGGUCCUCUGAAGAAGAAAUUCCUAACUCCCCCUAUAUAAGUGAGCUAAGCCAUUAGAAAAAUCAUGUUUUUGGGAAAAUCUAAACCACGAGCGAGCAAAAAAAAAUUUGUAAAACUAUUUUGGCAUAAAAAUGAUAAUCAUUAUAAUGAAAUCUACAGCUAUUUCUAUUUAAUUUUAACAGAGUUCUAAAACAUAAAUGUUAUUAAUUAAAUUCUUUUUCCUCCAAAUUUGAUAUUUUUAAUUUGAUAAAAAUAUUUUGCUUUAAAUUUAUAAAUUUAAAAAAAAAAAUUUAGCCGACAAUUUGAAGUGAGUAAGAAAAAGAUGAAAAAAAAGAAUUAG